UAUACAAUAAUGAGUUAAAAUAAGCGAAAGUAUAAAGGAAACGUGUGUACGACAGCUUCUUUACAUGCAUUUUGACUGCUCUCAGCACCCGUACCGUAAGUGCAUGAUUACACGCGCAAAGGAAAAAAAAGUGCGGCUGGCUUGACCGUGUAUUUUCAAAGCGCGGCUGGCUUGACCGCAGUGAAGAAAGCUUGUUUGUACUCGACUGUAGCUCGUUUACUGCAUGAAUCCGAGUGAAAAGAGGCCUAAUUCGUGCCUUAAAGACCUUUUGCUCCCGAGUUAUUGAUCAGGAAAAGUCGAAUCUGUGAAUAUCUUGCCAACUUUACCGAACUAAAUGAGUUCAGGAUCAACAUUUGAUCUCUUGGAUUUAACGGACACACGCACGCGGUGGUAAAGUCAGAAUGAACACAGCCUGUGCCUUUGUGUAUUUCCCUUUGCUUUCGGUUUCUGUUUUAGCAGCUCCACUCCAAACACAAUGAGGACGGCUGUAUUUUGGAAUAUCUUUGAUCACUCGAGCCUCACUUCAAACUAGCGUCAUCAGCCGCGGUCACGGCAUCUGAUUGGGUCGAGAUUGGGUCCUUACACUUUUACACUGCUUGCAACUUACAUUAGAGGAGAAAAAGCAUUUAGUGCUUCAAUAUUGUUGGAUGACAUCACUGUAGGAUAUUAUAAUUCAGAAACAAAGAUCUAUGUUGCAAGAGGAAAUACUACAAACGAAGAUGAUGUCAUAGAUCCAGAUACCCUCAAGGAUGUAGGUGAAAAUUUGCUUAAUCAUUUUAUAGGAAGAUCACAUCUCCUGAAACCGGUCAACGAAACAGAAAGUCGUGUAGUUUAUCAGGUGGCGAAUGUUUGUGAACAGAGUGACAAUAAACUUGAUCAAAUGAUCAGCAAAACCGCUUAUCAAGGCUCUACAUUUGAUGACCUGCAUUUUCUUGAUGGCAAAAUCACAUAUCAGCUAUUUUCAAAUUACACGGAAGAACCAGGAAAAAUACGGAAUCUAGAACUGUCCAAGUCACGUCUUGAGAAGUUAUAUUACCCAGCCUGUAUAAAAGCACUGAACAAUUACCUUAAAAAGAGAGGAACUCAACUAAACAGAAAAGUGAAACCGCUAGUCAGACUCAUUCAGAAAGCAAACUCAGAUUCUGGAGGGUCUCGUGUGAGUUGUUUGUCAUCAGGAUUUUACCCUCGUCACAUCAACCUGACCCUGUUCAGAGAUGGGCAGCCUGUAUCUGAUCAUGAGAUCACUGGAGGAGAUCUGCUGCCCAAUGCUGACGGGACGUACCAGAUGAGGAAGAGUCUGGAGAUCAGUGCUGCAGACAAACACAAAUACACCUGCUCUGUCACACACCUCAGUCUGGACAACACACUGGACGUCACUUUGGAUUUCAGUAAACAAUUUGAAUCAGCGAUUCUCUCAGUGCUGAUAGUUUUGGCUCUGGUGUUGGUGUUUGGCACUGGAGUCGUCAUAUAUAAAAGGAGGAAUAGACGACCAGCACCCAAAGAACACGUUGAAACAUGACUUCAUGACUCAUGACUUGAUGCUACAUGGAUCAACAUCUUCAAAAAAUGAAAAAAUAAGUUUUGACAGUUGCUUGGCUUUAUUAUGAAGUAACAACAUGAACAAUAUUGUUAGUUUUUAUGUGCCGUUUUAACAAUUGUCCUUAAAACACAUUGUGAUCUGCACACAUACAAGUGUCAUGUGCAAGAUGGUGCCUGUGUGUUUGUCGGUAUGCCGUUUAUCUCGUCAGUUUUUAGAUAUCCAUUCAGGACGGUGACGAAUCUGCUUUCUCUGCUGUUGUUAAUGCUUUGUGCUGAUGCUAUCAUCACCUAUAAUCACCAAGUAUUACCACACAUCAAAAGUUUGUUAGAGAGUCAACCCAGAGACUGUCCCAUUGUUACUCCUCGUUCUCUCGAACUUUGUCCUUUAAAAUGUUGUUUUUUUUUUUUUAGCUCUAUGAGAUGUGUUGGAAAAGGAGGUGGAGUGGCUAUGGUUUUCAGGAACUGGUUUAAAUCUCAGUCCGUCUCUGUCAGGAACUUUUCUACUUUUGAAUCUCAAUGUGUUCAUAUAUAUUCUGCUACUCCGUUAUUGGUUAUCCGUUUUGGUCUACAGGCCCCCAAAGCCAGAUAAAGGUUUUAUAAAAGCGAUUUCUGUAUUUGUUUCUCAUAUUGUCACAUUAUACCUGAAGGACAUUGCUGGACCCUUGCUGGAUCCUCUUCAGUUUGCCAGAGCAAACGGGUCUGUAGAUGAUGCAGAAAACAUGGGGCUGCAUUAUGUUCUGCAACAUCUAGACACACCAGGAACUUAUGUGAGGAUCCUGUUUGUGGACUUUAGCUCGGCCUUUAACACAAUCAUUCCUCUAAAGACCCCUCUGUCAAGACAACACCACACUCAUUGGCCUCAUUCAGGACGGUGACGAGUCUUAACAACCUGGAGCUCAACACUCUUAAAACAGUGGAGAUGAUGGAAGAGUUU